AUGCUAAUAUCAACAAGUCAAUCUAGCUUUCGAAAUUCUUUUAAUCCUAUAUGUCUUACUGGAUCUACCUCAUCACUGUAUUCUCAUAAUAAAGAAAAGAGAAGCAGUCUAAGAAUAAAAAAUUGCAAAUAGAAUGAAGAUGAUUUUCCAUUGGCGACUUUAACAUAGAUAAGAAGAAAGAGUUGCUAUUGCAGCGAAUGUGGUCAACUUAGCAAUUUUCAAUUCAAAUAAUUAAAUAACAAUACAUCGAUUAGAUAAAACAAUCUUUACUUAAAAAGUACCUAAAUUUGUUAAUCGGUGAAAUUAAUGUAAUUUUCGCUUUUAUUUUUUAAAGAAAUUAAUCUCGUAGAGGAUCUGUAAUAUUUUAGAGACAUCAUUCAAGAAUGAAUACGUAUGGAGAACCUUAACUCUCUCAAGUUUAUAACUUGUCUCCUACAAGAUUAAGUCCUAUCAAACCAAAAUAAAGUUCAUAAAACAAAUUAGGAUAGUAUCUCUAAAAUAAAACAUUAUAAUAACCUAAAAGAAAUAGGUAACUCUAGCUAAAUCUAGUUACUGUUCAUUAAUUGAAUAAAGAUUAAGAAUAAUAAUUAACAAAUAAAUUGAUAGUUAAAAGUCCCCUUACUUAAAGAAAAUCCAAGCCAGAUGUUCGACCCUAUUUAAGCCAUCUAAAAUUAAAACCAAUUUUCAUUAAAAAUUAAGUUUCUCACAUUGAAAUCUGA